AUGGGCACUUCCGCAGCUAAGCCAAACCAAAGCGAAAAUGACAUAGUAGAUGACAUUGGCGUAGCAGAACGAAAUAUUACAGAGACACCUGGUAUUGCUACAAAGACAUUAGAUGAUUGUUCGGGAGCUGUAGAACUGGAACUGCUGGCAAAGACUACUGCUACAAGGCCUGGGCGCACUGACUACCUGGAACAGCUGCCAGAUUCUGGGAACACAGUCAUGGGAUUAAAGGCGGGACUUGGAAUGCCUGACCGGCUGUUUGAUACCGGGGCUGUCAUGACCCAGCGAGAGGCCAUGACUGCGUCUCUGCACACCCCCGAGGGAGCAGGGAGACCGCCAGACAGCCCAGUGGAAAGCAUUGCUGACAUUGGGAGGUGGCCACUCAAGGCCGAGCAAGCAGAGGGAAACCUAAAGGAAGAAAACUGUACUAUAGUUUUACGCAUCGCUCCUACAUUCCUUAGAUUUGGCUCUUUUGAAAUAUUCAAGAAAACUGAUGAAUUAACAGGCAGAAGGGGUCCUAGUGUCAACAGAAAUGACGUUCGCAUCCAAAUGAUUGAUUAUGUUAUCAGUACGUUCUAUCCAGACAUUCAGAAUACACAUGCAGAGCACAAGAUUGAACAAAAUGCUGCUUUCUUCAGAGAGAGAACCAGGAGGACUGCCAGGCUUGUUGCAGAGUGGCAGUGUGUUGGAUUUUACCAUGGCGUCUUAAAUACUGAUAACAUAAACAUUGUUGGGAUUACUAUUGAUUAUGGCCCAUAUGGAUUCAUGGACAGGUAUGAUCCAGAUCACAUUUGCAAUGGGUCAGAUAACAUGGGUCGUUAUGCCUACAACAAGCAACCAGAAUUCUGUAAGUGGAACUUGGGAAAGCUCGCUGAGUCGCUGGUACUAGAGCUCCCGGUAGAAAUCAGUCAAAGUAUAAUUGAUGAGGAGUAUGAUUCAGAGUUCCAGAGGUGGUAUAUGCAGAAGAUGCGAAAGAAGCUUGGCCUGAUUCAAGCAGAGCUCGAGGAGGACAGCAGUCUUAUCUCAGACCUGUUGGAAACCAUGAACAAAACGGGAGCAGAUUUUACAAAUACUUUCAGAGUGCUCAGCAAGUAUGCUGGGAAUUUCGUCAGCGCAGAGGAUUUUCUAGAUAUUCUAACUGAGCAGUACGCUUCCUUGGACGAGUUAAAGGUGGUGUUCAAACCCAAAAUGGAUCCAAGACAACUGUCGGUGAUGCUGAUGUUGGCGCAGAGUAACCCUCAGUUAUUUGCUUUGAAUGGAACAAAAGCCAACAUAUAUAAGGAGCUUGAUCGUAUCGAACGCUACAAUAAACUGCAAGAGUCCAGUGAAGACCAGCUACUGAGUAAUAACCGUGCACUCUGGGAAGAAUGGAUUCACAAGUACAGCACUCGGUUGUCAAAAGACCAAGCAACUACUGGGGAUAAUGAUACAUUUGUGGCUGAACGUGUGAAAAUAAUGGACUCUAACAAUCCGGCAUUUGUGCUCAGAAAUUAUAUUGCUCAAAACGCAAUUGAUGCAGCUGAGAAGGGAGAUUUCAGCGAGGUACAGCGGGUAUUGAGAAUGUUGGAAAAUCCAUACGAUGUAGAAGUCUCUUUCCAACAAUCACCUGAUGAGGCAGGCGAUGAAGAUGAUGAGCUUGAAGAAGAAGCUGACUGGAUAUAUAGAAAUACUUUUGCAACACCAACAAUAUCUCAACAGGAAAGCACGGACUACCUGGAACGUGGAAAAGUUGGAGCCACCUUCAGCAGGAAGGGUCCAAGCACUAUACAGAAGAUCAGAGAGGCCCUAAAUUUCAUGAGGAAUCAGCAUUUUGGGGUCCCCUUUAUUGCAUUCUACAGAAAAGAAUAUGUGGAACCAGAACUUAACAAUGACUUGUGGCUUGUGUGGCAGUGGGAUGAAAAGUGGACCCAGCUGAAGAUUCGAAAGCAGAGUAUUAUCCGCCAUUUCCAGAAGAUGCAGGCUUACCAAUAUGACCAAAUAUCUGCAGACCCUGACAAGCCUUUAGCUGAUCGAAAGGCUAAUUACACACCAAGCCUUUGUAAAGUUUGCGCUUGA